AUGGGCGCCCACAAGGGUUGCAAGGAUUUUUUUGAGGACGUUUUGGAGUGCGGCUGCAAGCGAUGCACCAGCAACACGCCAAUGCCUGCUUUCUGGUUGUCGCUGCUUUAUGAUGCGCGCGCCUCCGCACUCGACUCCAAUCUUGCGGUCACGUUCAUGAGCACUGUUGAACGAGGCAGGCACGUUUGCAGAGACCACUUUUUUGUUGGCUUGCAAGGAACAACCAAAACAGCUCCCUCGCCGUCACUGCUACAAUUUAUUUGGCCACGAAGCAUCCAACUGCAACGUGCACGACUUUGUGUUUCCUCUGGGCUUCGGGCGGAGCCUAAAGAUCGCCCAAGGUUUUCCACAUGCUCACACAAAUUAAAGAGCACACCAUGGAUCUGGACGGUGGCUGCGAUGGGGGUUGCCGCCUCUAAUUUACUACAUGCCGCGGCAAUUGUGGGCGUUGGCUCGAUGAAGUUGUUUUUUUCCGGGGCGGCAUGA